AUGCUAACAGUGGCCGACCCGCAGCUCAUCAAACAAAUUCUGGUCAAAGAUUUCAAUGCGUUUCGUAACCGACCCGCACUUCCCGGGCACGAUAGGCUGACUUUGUCCAAAGCUAGGGAUAAUUACUGGAAGAGGCUCCGGGCGAUAGUCAGCCCUACCUUUACGUCCACAAAGUUGAGGGGAAUGUAUGCUCUGAUCAACCAUUGCUGCGAAGACUUUCUGAAUACCUUAGAUAAGGAUGUGUCGAAUGGUAUGAAUGAAGUCGAGUUGACGCGACUGAUGGGCGCCUACACUAUGGAUGUGAUCGCCAGCUGUGCCUUCGCUACCAAAACCAAUACAUACGCCGAUCCUAACAACCCGUUCACCACCAAAGCCAACAAUCUGUUAAAUGUUCCCGUUUGGAAAGGGAUGUUAUCAUAUCUGUUGCCAUCAUUUAUCGUAAACACCGGUAUAUUCCGUCAAAUUCGAAACACUUCCGACAGUGACUUCUUCAUCGAUUUCACGAGAUGUCUAAUACGGAAGCGAAAGGCAAACAAUGAGAAACACAACGAUUUUCUGCAACUCCUGAUAAAUGCCGAGAGAAGUGAUGGCGAUAUCCGAGAGGCCAGUGAUGCCAAUGAAGCACAUCAUGUGAAUGAGGGCAGGGAUGAGAUGAUAGCCGAUACCGAGGCCUUCGCAGGAGUGGUGGCGAAGAAGUUGACUGAAGACGAGAUAUUAGCGCAAUGUUUCCUCUUCUUCGUCGCCGGUUACGAGACAACUGCCACUACUCUGUCGUACUGUACGUAUGAAUUGGCUCUCAAUCUGGGACUUCAGGACAGACUCUAUGAGGAGACCAAAGACGUGUUCAACGAAAAGGGAGAAAUCGAUUACUCAGUGCUGUCGAGACUACCAUUCAUUGACGCACUUCUGUCCGAAACUCUUCGCAGUUAUCCACCAAUACUUCGUCUUUUGAGGGAAGCCAUGGAAGACGUAAUGUUAGGCAAUACUGGAGUUAAGAUCGAGAAGGGGAUGUCCGUCGAAAUUCCUGUAUAUGCCAUACAUCACGACCCCGACCACUAUCCGGAUCCAUUUACCUUCAGCCCGGAUAGGUUUAUGCCCGCAAACCGGGAUCACAUCCAAGCCUACACUUACCUGCCUUUCGGAUCGGGUCCACGAAAUUGCAUUGGAAUGCGAUUCGCGUUAUUGUCAGCAAAGCUCUUGUUAGCGAAGAUCUCACAUUCGUUCCGCUUCUCCAGAGUCACCGACACUGACGUCCCCGUAGUCUUCAAUAAGGGUCGCCCUAUAUGUCAGGCCAAACUGCUUGUGGUCGGCAUUCAGAAACGAUAA